GCCCUCGCAAAAUGUGUUCGAUCGGAGUACUUGCUCUCUGUUCGCCGGCUAAAUUUCAUCAUCGCCGGGAACAAUUGCUGAUUUUUACUCCGACCCAUUUGCGUAAUCCUAAUGGGUUUCAAUUUCGGUGGAGAAAGUCCCGACCUUUCGCCCAAUCCGUCAAUUUCGCUCCGUCCUUUUCACAACUCCCUCUUAUACGCUCUUCGACGUCUCUUCUUUCUUCCAAGGAUUUCGUUCAGAUUCUGGCGAGAAAAGCCGCCAUUUUACUUGUUGGGUCGUUUGUCUUUCUAGGGUUCUGUUCUUCGAAACCUGCUUUAGCGUUACCCACUGCAACUGUCGUCUCUCAGGCAGAGUUAGAGGACGAGAAAAUGUUCGAGAAGCUUCUGGAAAGUGAGCCAGAGAACAUGGAGGCUAUGAAGGCUGUUGUGUAUAAGAAGAUGAGGAGAGGGAAGAAUGAAGAUGCUGUGAAAUAUGUUGAGAAGCUGAUGAAAUUAGAGCCUCAUGAAGUUGAAUGGAAGCUUUUAGAAGCGCUUUGUUAUGAAACGAUGGGACAAUUGAGCAAAGCUAAGAGAUUGUAUAAGGAUAUUCUCAAAGAACAACCUCUUUUGAUCAGAGCUUUGCACGGUCUUGCUAUGGUAAUGCAUAAGACUCAUGACACCUCUGUCUUUGAUAUGCUCAUGGAAGCUAUGGAAGUUGCUCGACAAGGAAACCGAGUAACCGAGGAGAGAAACAUACAAGUCUUGAUUGGUCAAAUGCAUAUUGUGCAGGGUCAAUUUGAAGAAGGUCUAAAGAUAUUUCAACAGAUGGUAAAUGAUAACCCUCGAGAUUUUCGACCUUAUCUUUGCCAGGGCAUAGUCUAUAGCUUAAUGGAUAAAAAAGAGGAAGCAGCUCAACAGUUUGAGAACUAUUGGAGCCUUGUACCUGAAGAAUUCCCACAAAAGGGAUUUCUCGACGAUGUUGCCUUGGCUGCUCAAGCCAAAUCCCGAGAACGACUUCAAAACACAUUCAAAGCUAAAUUUACUCAGGGGAAAUAAAAUCAUGGAUCCAGCUACAUGACAUAUGGUUAUAAAGAAUACCAGAUAUGAAAUGUUAACAACCUGUGUCGGGUUAAAGAAUAAACCGCUUUCGAGCAGGCAGUGUUUGUGGCUGCAUUUAGAACCGAGUAGAAGGCGGUGUUUUUUUUUUUUUCAGUCAUGUCAGUGAUUUCUUUAAAGGUACAUAAGCAGACAUGAAAGGUUGCGACUUCCUUGUCAUUCGUAGAAAUACUAUAGAACUGUUUCAAUUUGGAUAUUUUUUUCAGUGUCUAUUGGUCGUACCAUUGUUGUUGAUACAUUUCUGAUUUCUGAUUGCACUAGAUUCCCUAA